AUGGCGCGUGCAGAGGGCAGCAGGGCGCACGGGGCGCACAGGGCAGCAGGGCGCACAGGGCAGCAGGGCAGCAGGGUGCGCGGGGCGCACAGGGCUGCAGGGCGCGCGGGGCGCACAGGGCAGCAGGGCAGCAGGGCGCACAGGGCUGCAGGGCAGCAGGGCGCGCGGGGCAAACAGGGCAGCAGGGCGCACAGGGCUGCAGGGCAGCAGGGCGCACAGGGCUGCAGGGCAGCAGGGCGCGCGGAGCGCGCAGGGCUGCAGUGCGCCCAGGGCGUGCAGGGCAGCAGGACAGCAGGGCGCACAGGGCGUGCAGGGCUGCAGGGCGCACGGGGCGCAGCAGGACUGCAGGGCGCGUGGGGCGCGCAGGGCAGCAGCAAGGGCUGUAGCGGCAACAGCAAGGGCUGUAGCGGCAGCAGCAGGGCAGCAGGGCGCACAGGGCUGCAGGGCAGCAGGGCGCGCGGGGCGCGCAGGGCUGCAGGGCGCGCGGGGCGCACAGGGCUGCAGGGCGUGCGGGGCGCACAGGGCAGCAGGGCAGCAGGGCGCACAGUGCUGCAGGGCAGCAGGGCGCGCGGGGCAAACAGGGCAGCAGGGCGCACAGGGCUGCAGGGCAGCAGGGCGCACAGGGCUGCACGGCAGCAGGGCGCGCGGGGCGCGCAGGGCUGCAGUGCGCACAGAGCGUGCAGGGCAGCAGGACAGCAGGGCGCGCAGGGUGCGAAGGGCUGCAGGGCGCGCGGGGCGCACAGGGAAGCAGGGCAGCAGGGCGCGCGGGGCGCAGCAGGGCUGCAGGGCGCGCGGGGCGCGCAGGGCAGCAGCAAGGGCUGUAGCGGCAGCAGCAGGGCAGCAGGGCGCGCGGGGCGUGCAGGGCUGCAGUGCGCGCAGGGCACGCAGGGCAGCAGGACAGCAGGGCGCGCAGGGCUGGGGGAGGGGGGGGGGGGUGGGGGGGGGGGGCUGAUGCUGCAACUCCCCUCCCCCCCACUGCUGCUGCAGAUCCCCUCCCCCCCACUGCUGCACCCGCAGCAGGGGGAUGGAGGAGAAAUCCCCUCCCCCCCACUGCUGCACCCGCAGCAGGGGUGGAGGAGAAAGGGGGGGGGGGGGGGGGCGGGGGGGGCUGGUGCUGCAGAUCCCCUCCUGCCUCCCUCUGAACCUCCAAGCUCCCCCCCCCUCCCAACACAGGGUGCGGCAGGGAGAGAGAGAGGAGAAAAGGGCGGGGGGGGGGGGGGGGGGGCGGUGCAGGAGCCGCUCGGGCGACAGCAGGAUGCGCCACACCCGCCACCCCCAUACCCUCCCCCCCACUGCUGCACCCGCAGCAGAGAGAUGGAGGAGAAGGGGUGGGGGGGCGGGGGGGGGGGCUGGUGCUGCAGGUCCCCUCCCCCCACUGCCGCAUCCGCAGCAGGGGGAGAUAGGAGAAGGGGGGGGGGGGGGCUGGUGCUGCAGAUCCCCUCCCCCCCCACUGCUGCACCCGCAGCAGGGGGGAGGGCACCGGGGCCGCGGUUAGGGGCGGCAGGUCGCGAGGGGCCAUGGCUAGGGGUGACGGGGCCAUGGCUAGGAACGGGGCCGGGUGCUAGGCAGGUACGGGGCCGGGCGCUGGGCAGGUACGGGGCCGGGCUCUGGGCAGGUACGGGGCCGGGCGCUGGGCAGGUACGGGGCCGGGCGCUGCGCAGGUACGGGGCCGGGCGCUGGGCAGGUACGGGGCCGGGCGCUGCGCAGGUACGGGGCCGGGCGCUGGGCAGGUACGGGGCCGGGCGCUGGGCAGGUACGGGGCCGGGCUCUGGGCAGGUACGGGGGCCGGGCGUUGGGCAGGUACGGGCCGGGCGCGGGCUAGGUACGGGGCCGGGCGCGGGCUAG